CAAAACUGGAAUAAUUGUAAAACCGCUAAGGCUUCAUUAACGCUUGGUAGUGGACUAUCUUCUAUUAAUGUUGAAGGAGCGUAUUCUAUACCACUAUGCUUUAUGUUGCUCUUUGCUGAACUGAUUCCACUUGACGGAAUUAAAGAAUCAAAUAUAAUUUUAUCUAUCUCCUCAUCUGUGUCACUAAAUUCAUCUGAUCCAG